AUGCCACCUCUCGCGGGCUUUUCAGACAACCCAUUCCGCUCUCGAAGCGACGUUCUCGUGGCCGUCAAAGCCCUCCUCCGACCUUUGCUUCCUUAUUUCUCUCCAGGAUGCACCCGGAUUCAUAUCCCUGUUGCCACGGGCACACAUUUCGACGAAACCGCGGCCCAGCUCGAAGGCUACGCCCGGCCACUAUGGGUCGUCGCGGCUCUGCUUAUGAGUGGUGAUGAGCCUGACUGGGAUCUGAUACAGCCAUGGAUCAAGGGCAUAGAGAUCGGUACCGACGCAGAGCACCCUGAGUUUUGGGGGCACAUCCGCGAUUACGACCAGAAAAUGGUUGAAUGUGAGAUGAUAUCCUUUUUACUACUGGCCGCACCAAAAGAGCGCCUGUGGGGGAGAAUGGACCCCAAGAUUCAACGCAAUAUAAUAGCUUGGCUGUCAGAAAUUCAUACCAAAGCCAUGCCACCUGCAAACUGGCUUUGGUUUCGCGUCUUUGUCAAUUUGGCUCUUCUGAAAACAUGCGGGGUGGACACACCUACAGUCCGAGAGUCCCUUCAAAGUGAUCUCGAGCUGCUCGACACCUUUUAUGUUGCGGAUGGAUGGUCUGGAGAUGGUCUAUGGAGAUCACCAGAGUUGGAUGAAAAGGAAUGGGAGAUAUAA